AAUCGAUCACAUCCAGCAAGGGCUUGGAGCUUGUGCAUAGAUAGCUAGCUAUCUUUUGUGUUGGUGGUGAACAUACCCUGGAUAGCUGCUAAUUUUGAUCGACAAUAAAUCCAGCCAUACAGAUUGAUAUCUCAGUUUUAUCUUCCAAUGUGGUUGCUCAGUGGGAGGGACUUGCAGAUAAUGCGCCUCUCUUCCAGCUUCUGUCAUUCUGUGGGUAUUGUUUGUUGUCAUAAAGAUGGAGUUCUUACUGGGCAAUCCGUACAGCACUCCUGUGGGCCAGUGCUUAGAGAAGGCCACGGAUGGUGGCCUGCAGGCUGAGGACUGGACCCUCAACAUGGAGAUCUGUGACAUCAUCAAUGAGACGGAGGAAGGGCCUAAAGACGCCAUCCGGGCGCUGAAGAAGAGACUGAGUGGGAACAGGAACUACCGGGAGGUGAUGCUAGGAUUGACGGUGCUGGAGACGUGUGUAAAGAACUGCGGCCACCGGUUUCACGUCCUCGUGGCUAACCGGGACUUCAUUGAUGGUGUCCUCGUCAAAAUCAUCUCCCCCAAAACCAACCCUCCCACCAUUGUACAGGACAAAGUCCUGGCUCUGAUCCAGGCCUGGGCGGAUGCCUUCAGGAGUAGCCCUGACCUGACGGGGGUGGUCCAUAUUUAUGAGGAGCUGAAGAGGAAAGGCAUCGAGUUCCCCAUGGCUGACCUGGAUGCUCUGUCACCCAUCCACACACCUCAGAGGGGUCUACCAGAGGUGGACCCAGCUGUACUAAAGUACAAAGCCCCCAUCCAGCCCCACGCUGCAGCCACAGCCACCCUCCCCAAGCCUGCAGCCGCCCCGGCUCCGGCCCCCGUCCCCCACAUCCCCGUCCUACAGAUACCACACAUCCCCAACGUACAGGGCCCCAUCACCGCCAACCCUGAACAGAUCGCCCGGUUGCGCAGUGAACUGGACAUUGUGAGGGGAAACACCAAAGUGAUGUCAGAGAUGCUGACUGAGAUGGUGCCUGGACAGGAGGACUCCUCGGACCUGGAACUCCUUCAGGAGCUGAACAGGACGUGCAGGGCCAUGCAGCAGCGGGUGGUGGAGCUGAUCUCCCGGGUCUCCAACGAGGAGGUGACAGAGGAGCUGCUGCACGUCAACGACGACCUCAACAACAUCUUCCUACGAUACGAGAGGUAUGAGAGGUACCGGUUGGGUAGAGCGGCGCAGAAUAACGGGAUGCUAAGUGAAGCCACAGAGGACAACCUGAUAGACCUAACGCCAGGCUCGCCCGCUGUGGUCAGCCUCCGAGCCACCUCCACACCCCCGUCCAGCAUCCCCCCUGUGACCGCCCCCAGGGCUGGGGCUACAGCCUCCCCUGUGACCGCCCCCAGGGCUGGGGCUACAGCCUCCCCUGCCCGGGCCCUGAUCCAAGACCCUACCUCCGGUCCCUCAACUCUGUCCACUCAGCUCGCCGGCCUGGAUGUGGGUGGGGACAGUGUCAGUGGUACCCUGUCCUCUCUGUCGGGCCACAAACCUGGAGACGACUUUGACAUGUUUGCUCAGACCAGGACCAGCUCUCUGGCAGAUCAACGCAAAAAUGUGAAGUACGAGGACCCUCGAGCCCUGGGCGGGCUUGCCUCAGCUCUGGACGUCAGGCAACAGAACGCCACUGGAGGGCUGAGGGUCAUAGGGGAUGAUAACCCAGAGUUGGAGCUGCCCAUAGACAGCUGGCUUAUUACCCAAGGAAUGAUCCCCGUAUCGCAGUCCUCUGUCAUGGAUGACAUAGAGGAGUGGCUCUGUGCUGAUGUGAAAGGCGACGGUUUAGAUGGUGAGGAAGGGGUGACGAGUGAAGAAUUUGAUAAGUUUCUGGAGGAUCGAACGAAGGUGGUCGAUUCCUUACCAUCGCUCCCUGGUGAUGAGCCUGGUCCCCCUCUCAGCGCCCCCAGCGGCACCCGCAAGAAGGCUGAACGGACGGAGGAUGCCCUCUUUGCCUUGUAGACUCUCCCCCAGGAAACCUCUCUCUCUGAGGCAUCUACAGUACCUAGGUAUCCCCCCCGGCCCACUUGCCCUAUCCGCCACUCCUGCCAAGCAGCAGUGUAGCUACUGAACUGAACACCAAUCCUCCUCCUGCAGAGGACCAUGCUUGCUGUCCGCCUGCCCAGCCGCGUUGCAUCAUGUAUUACUAUUGGGGUUUUGAUCCGUCUGUCAGUGUGGGAUAUGUCUGUGGUCUUGUAUCUCAUCUGCAGCUAGCUACCCUAAGGAGGAUAUAACCUAACAUUGUGAGGAUGAGGAUAAAAUGACAAAACCUCGUCUCUAUGUUCCUCUGAAGGUGUGAAGAUUAACAGAAAAAAUCCUUCUGAAAAAGCAGACAGAGGCAUAUAGUCUAUACAAACAGAGGAGUACUGUGUUAGUUUAAAUGUAGCUUAUGAAUAAUUUCUGCGUUUAUUCUUUUAAUGGUUUGUACUGUACUAUGUACUAGCGCUGCACUAUGUAGUUGCCUCUUUUUCCUUUUUGUUUUUUACUCGUUCCUUUUUAGGUGUCCUUAACCCUUUCAUUACCCAUUCUACAGUUGUGAAAUGUUGGUACAGGGAAAGGCAAUGCAUGAGGAAAGACUACUGUUUGACAGACUCCAUGCUAGUGUUACUCAAUUAUGGCCCAAUAGUUCAGCAGGGCCAAAUGGCAAACAUUACUUACCUGUGUCUGUUUCCACAUUUCAAAAGGGAGAAGGAAAAAAAAAAGAUAUAGCUGCAAGCAGCCAUGUCAAGGUUCAAGCCCUAUGGCACCACAGCAAAUAUCUGUUACACAGCUUUUAUAUUUGCUUUCCUCUUUGAAAAGCUGUUGUCAACUUCCCUCCAUGUUAUUUUGUGUGGUGUGUACAUACUGUAGGGGAAGGAAAGGGUCCAAAAUAGAACCUAAGUAACACCCACCAAAUAUUUGUGAUCGAUAUUAUACAGGGGGUACCGGUACCAUACAUUGACUCGUUACCGUUACCCCCUGUAUAUAGCCUCGUUAUUAUUAUUUUAUUGUUGCUCUUUUAUUUUUUACUUUAGUUAAUUUAGUAAAUCUUUUUCUUAACUCUUAUUUUUCAUAAAACUGCAUUGUUGGUUAAGGGCUUGUAAGUAAGCAUUUCACGGUAAGGUCUACACCUGUUGUAUUCGGCGCAUGUGACAAAUGGAAUGUGAUUAAUAUUACCGCUACAAUGGUAAAACAGCCGUAUGAGUUGCAGCAGUGACGUUCCGCUCUGGUAGUACAUGUACACUAUGUAAGUGUGGCGAUUUUGAGUUUGUUCUUCCUAAGAGGUUUUAAUGACAAACACAUUUAGUAAUUGUUUAUCAGAGGCGGUUGGUGGCACCUUAAUUGGGAAGGGCGGGAAUGUGGUAAUGGCUGGAGCGGAAUAAGUGGAAAGGUAUCAACAACAUCAAACACAUGGUUUCCAUGUGUUUAAUGCCAUUCCAUUCGCUUCUUUCCAGCCGUUAUUAUAAGCCGUCCUCCCCUCAGCAGCCUCCACUGGUGUCUUCUAAUUUUGGGCUAUUCUUCAAUGUUUUCCUUCCCCUUCUACUAUGAUGAGAAUAAUUGAAUGAGCUUUAUGCACUUUUGGACCCUUGAACGUUUCAGUAUGUUUAUCCUUGUGUUAAUAAGAUGGGAACUCUUUUUAUAGGACACAAGAUAUUUUCUUAGACUAAUUGCAUAUGAUUUUAUAUCGUUAUGAAAUUUCUGCCCUUUUCUGCUCUACAAAGCACACUUUACAGACAGUCGUAAAUAGAAAAACGGACACUUUUUCCUGAUAUGGAAAUUAAAGGAAAAGUGCAGGUGAAAUAUGGCACUGAAAAUCUAAUCAAAUUGUAAUUUUAUGAUGGUAUAUUCGUAGCAUACUUCACAGAAAAUAGUUAUUGCAAACGCUUAUACAUGUAGUUAUUGUAAAAUAAAAAUGUACGUAUGUUUACAUAAAUAUAUGUAUAUACAUCAUAAAUAUGUGAGUAUUACCUGCAGUACAUGUUUAAAAGUCAAACUGAAUUAUUAGCUUUUGUGUAGGUCGCUAAGUCGAAAGGCUAACUCAUUAAUGUAUUGUUUGGCCUCCUGGUUGUAUAUGUACAGUAAUGUCAUGCAGGAAAAUGAAUUCCUCCCAAAUCCUUUCUACUUUGGAGAAGCUCCCCUGCUCUCCUCUCUUUACUCAUUCAUGUGUGGAACAGAAAUAGGUUUGGAUGUGCUUCGGAAGGAUGACCAAAAACGUUAUUUUUACUGUGUUUUAUGUAUUUUUACUGUGGUCUGAAUUGUUUGGUAAAGCUUCCUGUCUUUCAUUUUUGAGGAUUACAGUGAGUGGUAGCUGUGGGCUGUGACUCUGCUAGUGGGACUGCCCCUUUUAACCUGUUAAUAUUCUAUUUUACUUUGCUUACCUACAAUAGGUGAUGGAGUUAGAUGAGGGCAUAACAUUGUCUUCCUGUUGUCAGGAGAACAUGGGCUAUAGACCUUUUGAGGCAAAAGAGAUUCGUUCUUCAUUUCAACUCUUUUGCCAGUACUUUUCAAAGUUAAUGCUUCUACAAUUAACACCAAAUUAAUAACGACAAAACGCCAUGACGUUUCACUUCAAUAGGAACUAUGUGUUUACUUGCAAGUAUCCUUAUAUACUUAGCAAAAUUCUGUGUAUUAUACUGUAAAUGAGAUACUCAUUUAAAUAAAAUGUAAUAUUUGUCAGAAAAGACCUUACUGUAUUUUAUUUAAAAACAUCUGCUUCCAGAUAAAACAUUAUUUUUAACAGUCAUUUAUAAAUGUUAGAGGGUGAUAUUACAAACAAGUACAUUAUUUGUAUGAUUUGUCUUGGGCAUUAAUGUUUGAAUGUGUUUUAGAAUAGUGUAACAGAAUAAACUGUUAUUAAUGAGCUUUAACUCUGUUUCAUUCUUGUCCUAUUUGGUCUUCUAUUGCUUUAAUUCCACUUCUUAUGAAAUAGUAGCAUAUAUUUUACAAUCAACAACUGCUGUUCCUCUUAUAUCUUAAGACUGGACAAAGCAUAGAGAUGUUUGAACUAAGAUUCUUUGUUACAUUUUUUCAGUAACAUCUCACUUGAUCAUUUAAACAGUUGAUUUCUAUGUGUCACUUAUUAUUUUUUAUUUUUUUAAACCAGAAGAGUUAUAUGUAUAUGCUUACUCUUUUACGGCUGUCCUCCGAUCAGAUGGUUGUGUGAACCUGUUGGGUUGCUAUGGAUCAUGUGAAUCUGUUGGGUUGCUAUGGAACAUGUGAGCCUGUUGGGUUGCUAUGGAACAUGUGGACCUGUUGGGUUGCUAUGGAACAUGUGGACCUGUUGGGUUGCUAUGGAACAUGUGGACCUGUUGGGUUGCAACAGGAAUGAGCUACUGGACAUUGUAACGCAAUGUGUAUCUUCACUGUCCACAAAACUGGUUGAAAAUAUGUAAUUUCAACAGCAAAACUAGUUGAAAUGUUUUUUCAACCAGUUUUGCUCACUGAGUAUGGACAUGGGGGAGCUGGAAAUUGUGUCCUCCGGUGUUCUGUUGAGGAACAGCUGUUUUUCCUGACUAGGAAAUGUUCCGGUCCAGACUAGAUGGUCAGGAGAACUCUUGUCCCUCCUGUAUGAUGAUGUGGGUGUUCUAUGGCUGUGCUGUUCUGCAAUUCAUUACUUUGGUUUCAGCUUUCUAUUGUGUGACCUGAUUAUGCACGUAUUAACCAAUAAAACACUAGCAACGUGUGACCUCUACCAA